ACUUUGUGGUAUAUUCGCCUGAUUGUUCACAAGUUUAUCACACGUGGGAAUGGCAGAGUUUGCCACAUAUAAAGACACUGCACACGUAUCACAUCCUCCACUAUUACACGUUUCGCUACUAAAUCUUAAAUAAUUCGAUACAAAUCUUAUGUCUAUCGACUAUCAGCAUAUAUCUAGCUUUCAUUUCCUCUAACCUGCAGCUUCUAUUACUAUAUAAUCAUCUUCCGUUCUAGCAACAGAAAUUUACACACAAAUCCUCAACAAAAAAAAUACAAAGAUGAGCCAGCAACAACCACGCAGACCCCAACAAGAACAGCCCAUCAAAUACGGCGACGUAUUUGAUGUUUCCGGGCAGUUGAGCUCCCAACCCGUCGCCCCCAACGACGCCUCCGCCAUGCAGGCUGCGGAGAAUAUGGUGCUUGGUAAGACGCAGAAGGGUGGUCCGGCCUCUGUCAUGCAGUCGGCGGCGGCUGCUAAUCUGCAGCGCGGCGUCGUUGGCCGCCACGAGGGCACCCCCAUAGCUAGUGAACAAGGGGUCACUAUUUCUGAAGCUGAAAUCGCUGGAACUCGAAUCAUUACCGAGGCUGUCGGAGGACAGGUGGUGGGGCAAUACUUGGAACCAGGGAAAUUUAAGAUGCCAAGCCCGGCUGGUGUGCUCGGCAGUGAUUCGAUUACUAUAGGCGAGGCUUUGGAGACCACUGCCUUAACCGCGGGAGAUAAGCCUGUAGAUCAGAGUGAUGCAGCUGCUAUACAAGCAGCUGAAGUGAGAGCAAGUGGCUAUGCUUAUCCUGGUGGAGUGGCGGCAGCUGCUCAAUCUGCCGCGGAUUAUAAUGCUCGUACCAUGAAUGUUGCCAGCAAAACUAAGCUCGGUGAUGUCCUUGCUGAUGCAUCGAUUAGGUUGGCUGAAGACAAGGCGGUGACGAGGGAAGAUGCGGAGGGAGUGGUUGGGGCAGAAGUGAGGAACAAUCCGGAGAUGAUGACUUAUCCUGGUGGAGUGGCUUCUUCCAUGGCUGCUGCAGCCAGGCUUAAUCAAGACCCAACUUUCUAAUAUUCCAUGUAAACAUAUCUAUCAAGUAUUAUUAUGUAGGUGUGUGUUUUCAUGUACAGUAAGGUUUGAGAAUGUAGUAUCUAUUGUCAUAUUGUGUGUAUCAAUAAGCUUGCGUACUAGUUGAUGCAGUGCGUGUGGACUGCUGUUUUGGUUGAAUGCAAGGGAAUGGUUUUGGUGUA